UAAACACAGGGUACGCUAGCAGUACCUUUCGAAAAUCGCAACAAUGUACUCUACGGAGUACGAACUUGUACUUCGGCUUCUAGAGUAUUAUUUUGGAAGGAAAGUAGCGAAGGUCGGAGCUGCCUUGCUCUUGCGUGGCCAUGUGCCGUUGCAAAGGCUCAUGAGUAACUCGCACACCGACUUCAAGAACAUUAGAAACAGUCUAAUAAUACUGAUACAUCAUGGAUUUGCUGAAUAUAGCGUACAAAUGCAACCAUGUGGAGGAAGACGGACGUUAAUGCCGGUGUACACAAUCAACAGUAACCGAGCCCUUAUGUACCCGCUUCUACCCUUCGGGUGUCUUAUGGCCAAGAAGGAGUUAGGUAAUACAUGCUACGAUGUCCUUCUUCUGGCUGCAAAAUGCGCCACUAUAUCGCAACGCCGCCUUGGCGAAAUGUGCACCAACACAUUGGGGAUUACGUCCAACGAUUUCAUGGCUUCUAUUGCCAUGCUCAAACAAGCAGGUUACCUAACGAUUUGUGAAUCAUUCGACCAUCGCAUGACCGCAGUAGAGGUCAACAUCAGGGGCCAUGAUGCCAAUGAUCCCUUGGCAGCAAUGAACACUGCCAUAUAUCACGUUAUGCAGGGCGCUGAGCUCACAGGGGCUGACGGGCCUGUUCUUCGAGUGAAUGUAGAAUUCAUAGUUAACCAUCUACUAAAGGAUGAAAUUGUGAGUCUUGUAUGCAAGAGAGUUGGUGAUAUGCCAAUGGUACGUGCCAUCAUGAAAGUGCUGAUGGACAACCAAGAGGAUAAGUGGCCUAUGCCGGUUGACCACGCGAAAUUAGAGAAUAGCGUCCUCAAUGUGUUGCAAAAGGAAUUCAACCAGGAGGCUAAAGGAGAGCAGGUUGUAAGACUGCUGAACGCGUUGAACAAACAUCCAGAUAACCUGGUACAAUACGAAGCUGUCACCCGAAGCUACUAUCUAGAUUGGGAAAAGGCAAAACGUAUGUUACGUAAAAAGGCAUUAUUCGGUUGCGUAAGACAGCUUUGCGGCUCCAAAGCAGCACGUGUAUGGAACCUCCUGGUAUCGGAAGUGGAUACGGAUAAUAACGUGAUGUUUGAUGCCCCAAAGGUUAGCACGCGUGCGUUGGUAUCCAUGCAAACGGCAAGGAGUAUACUUUACCAAUUAACACUACAUGGAUUCGCAAAACACCAUGAAACGGAUGGUGUUGGAGUGCCAGUAACACCUGCUGCCGCUAACGAUCGCCACGUUCUAUCCUUUUCGUCAACUAUAGAUAUGACUCAUAUACAACUAAUGAAGAACUCGUUCAAAUUCGCAUCUAACCUACUGGAACGCCUGGAGCAUGAAAAGGUCCGCAUAUUCCACAGCUACUUCGUACAAUCAAGUAAAAAGGAUGUCGAGGGCAAUGCAUAUAGGAAGAAGAUUGAUACUGUUGAGGCACAUCUGUUCCACGUGACUAAAUUCUUGGCUUUGAUGCAAAAGCUAUGCACAGAGUCAGGUGUAAACUAGUAAUGGCUGCAAAAACACACCAUAACGGUGUAACAUAGCACAC